AUUCCUGUAUACGUGGCUGUCACCUCAUGCAUGUAAGUGUUAGUUCCUAUGAUUACAUACACAAGUUCAGCCAUAUCAUCUCAUAUCAUUUCCUCUACAGGUUUCAGUGCUCGAAUUUCUUGUUGUUUUCGCCCAAUUGCGCUCUUUGGCUUCAUUCUCCCUAUCUUCUUGUCAAUAAUCGUGUAUCUUGAUUACGAUAGCACAUAUGGCGGACAGGGUGGAAAAGUGUCGAGCGGCCUUGCAGAGCUGUCCCCCCGGUCAUUCUAAUCAAUCAACGUCUCUCAGCAAUCUUGCCAUCAGCCUUCAAAGCAGAUUCAAGCAGCGGGGCGUCCCGUCUGACCUUGAUGAGGCUAUCGAGCUUCAUCGGGCUGCACUACUCCUUCGUCCCCCCGGUCACCCCGAGCGAUCAGCGUCUCUCAACAAUCUUGCCAACAGCCUUCGAAACAGAUUCCAGCAGCGGGGCGUCACAUCUGACCUUAAUGAGGCCAUUGAGCUCCACCGGGCUGCACUACUCCUUCGUCCCCCCGGUCAUUAUUGUCGAUCAGUGUCUCUCGACAAUCUUGCCCUCAGCCUUCGAAACAGAUUCAAGAAGCAGGGCGUCCCGUCUGACCUCGACGAAGCUAUCGAGCUCCAUCGGGCUGCACUACUCCUUCAUCCCCCCGGUCAUUCUCAGCGAUCAACGCCUCUCAACAAUCUUGGCAACAGCCUUCAAAGCAGAUUCAAGCAGCGGGGCGUCCCGUCUGACCUUGAUGAGGCUAUCGAGCUCCAUCGGGCUGCACUACUCCUUCGUCCCCCCGGUCAUUCUAGUCGAUCAGUGUCUCUCGACAAUCUUGCCCUCGGCCUUCGAGACAGAUUCCAGCAGCGGGGCGUCCCGUCUGACCUUGAUGAGGCCAUCGAGCUCCAUCGAGCUGCACUACUCCUUUGUCCCCCUGGUCAUUCUGAUCAAUCAGCGUCUCUCAACAAUCUUGCCUUCGGCCUUCAAAACAGAUUCCAGCAGCGGGGCGUCCCGUCUGACCUUGAUGAGGCUAUCGAGCUUCAUCGGGCUGCACUACUCCUUCGUUCCCCCGGUCAUUCUGAGCGAUCAGCAUCUCUCAACAAUCUUGCCAGCGGUCUUCAAAACAGAUUCAAGCAGCAUGGCGUCACAUCUGACCUUGAUGAGGCCAUAGAGCUCCAUCGUGCUGCACUACUCCUUCGUCCCCCCGGUCAUUCUGAGCGAUCAACGCCCCUCAACAAUCUUGCCAACGGUCUUAAAAACAGAUUCAAGCAGCAUGGCGUCACAUCUGACCUUGAUGAGGCCAUAGAGCUCCAUCGGGCUGCACUACUCCUUCGUCCCCCCGGUCAUUCUGAGCGAUCAACGCCUCUCAACAAUCUUGCCAAUAGUCUUCAAAACAGAUUCAAGAAGCAGGGCGUCAUGUCUGACCUUGAUGAGGCCAUCGAGCUCCAUCGGGCUGCACUACUCCUUUGUCCCCCCGGUCAUUCUAAUCGAUCAACAACUCUCAUCAAUCUUGCCAACAGCCUUCAGAACAGAUUCGAGCAGCGGGGCAUCCCGUCUGACCUGGAUGAAGCAUUCAGGCUGUAUGUGGAACUCCCCUACCUAUCUCAUGCAGUCUCUCAUAGGGAUCUUACUGCUGCCAAGUCAUGGGCCACCUCUGCUGAGGAGAGGAACCAUGACUCUGCAAUGCUUGCCUAUCUAACUGCAUUGAAAUUCCUAGAUCAGCAUGUUACUAUAUUGUCAUCAUCUUCUCCACGUCAUUUUGAUGUCGUCAGGACGGCUAUUGCUUCGCUUGCCAUGGAUGCCUUCUCGUGCAGUGUUCGUCAUGGUGCGUUGACAACUGCUGUGGAAAUGGUGGAGCAAGGCCGUGCAGUAUUCUGGACCCAUUUGGCACGCUUACGCUCACCGCUCAAUGAACUUUUGCUAUCCGGUGACACGGGUGCAGCCUUAGAGAAAGAGUUCAAGCAGCUGAGCUUUGGCCUUCGUAGCGCGUUCAAUCAGUCUACUGAAGAGCCGUCCCCACAAAUCCGACAACUGACCGUGCAAUGGAAUGAUGUCGUCUCCCGCAUCCGCAUGCUGCCUGACUUUUCUCGGUUUCUCCUGCCCCCACUGUUUUCCGACCUCCAGAAAGCCGCUGAGGAAGGUCCUGUCGUCAUCAUCAAUGCAAGCCGAUAUGGCUGCGACGCCUUGAUCAUCUUCAGCGAACAAGAUCCUGUCCACGUUCCACUCGAUAUUCCGCAGACUGAAGUCUCCGAGUUGUCUGCGGAGUUUCAGUCCCUCACAGAACAAUUUGGUACUUCUAAUUAUCAAAACAAGCUCGCAAGCAUCCUCCGCAAGCUUUGGGAUUGUGUUGUUGACCCCGUGGUCCAAGCUCUUAGGGCAUCUAACAUUCACCAUGGCUCGCGUAUCUGGUGGUGUCCCACUGCUGAGUUCACGCUUCUUCCUCUACAUGCAGCAGGACCGUACGAGAAGAACAAAGACAAUUUAUCUCAGAUUUAUAUCUCCUCUUACACCCCCACUUUGGCGACACUCAUUCGGGCGAGACGGGUUUCUCAAGAGGUGUCUGCACAACAUUUUGUUGCCAUCGGUCAAGCGAAUCCGGACAGAGGGAAGGAACUCCGCCAUGUCGCUCCUGAGUUAGCCAUCGUCGCUCAGCGUCUCGGGCCCGUCGUCUCCUUCACAUCACUCGAGGAUAGCGACGCAACAGUCCAGGGUGCACUUGAUGCAUUAAAUCACAAUCAGUGGCUUCAUCUAGCUUGCCAUGGAAUGCCAAAUCGGGCACAAUCAUUUGAUUCUUCCUUCGCAAUGCGCGAUGGGCCGUUGAUGAUCAAGGACAUUAUCCGGUCUAACUGGCAGAACCCGGAGUUUGCAUUCUUAUCGGCUUGCCAUACUACUGUGGGCCAUGAAAAGAGUCCCGACGAGUCGAUACAUCUCGCUGCGGCGAUGCAAUUCGCCGGAUUUCGCAGCGUGAUAGGUUCCAUGUGGUCUGUCGACGACGAGGUUGCACGACAGGUUGUUUCCGCUUUUUACCGCAACCUGGUCGAUGGCUCAGGGAGAUUGGACUGUACACGGGCUGCUAUAGCAUUGCACAAGGCUGUGAAAUCGUUGCGCAAGAAGAUUCCACUAGAACAGCAGAUCGUGUUUGUUCACAUAGGUGUCUAGUUUGAUUGAUUCGUCAUGUUAUCGCAUUUUCUGUUAUCCUGAUUGCUUUCAUUCCCUCGUCCUACCUAGUAGAUCUCAGUUAUUCACAUCAUGUCUACACGAUACUUUUGUUUUUGCAUUGUGUUCAAGUACUGCAAGAUGAUGGGCUCAUAGUAUUGAUCCAUUCGGCAAACUGUUGAGAUUGGCUGUAAUGUGUUUGUUAUUACC